AGGUUCCACUCUCGUGAAAAUAUGUGUUUUUGUGGUGCAUCGGUGUGACGAUGAGCUUGCCUUGAAUGUUCUGUGGAUUUCUUAAUUUUCCGUGGCGAACUUGUGGAUGUGAGGGUCAAGUGUUGUGUUUCGCUUUUACCAGGUGGGUACUGGAUUUGUUUAGGAGGGAAGUUCGAAAGAUUUUUUGAAGAAUAGAAAGAAAGCAAAGAAAUUACGAAAUAAUGGAGUCCUCCGCAAAAGUUAAUCCAGACGGGAAUCAUUCUGGAAGCGUUGAAAAGAAGGGAGCGACUUCCAUGGGGAAAGGGGCUACGGGAAAUUCUUCUGGGAUGAAAAAGGAGAAGAAAUCUUAUGUGAAGGCUUCAUACAAAGGUUUGAUCAUGGUUCAUGACCUUGUUGCAUCUUCCGGUGACAAUGAUUCAGGAGUCGAAUGCUCCGUCUCGCUUUAUGACAUUCUUGAAUCACCAGGGUAUUUAUCGAAGUUCGGAGAAAACGAAACGACAUCCAUUGGAUAUGAAACGACGGCGGAGGAUCCAUCGCAGGUAAAACAACUUCAUGCGGAAUCAAAUGGCGGUAGUUGCCUCACGGUUUUUUCCACUCCUGUCGAACACGUGAAUAAGAAACGGAGACGUGUAGUCGAUAAUCAUUGGGCCCUUCCGUUGAGCAUGUUUUCUACUUAGAACAAAAUGCUGUCACACCUGUUACCUGUACUCAGGUUACAUCUCAAAUAUUGUCGAGAAACGUCAAUGUUUCAAGCUAAGUCAAGGCAGGUUAUGGCAAUGAAGGAACAAAUAUGGGCCAGGUUUAGAUCUGUUGAAGCGCAAAUCUACCAUUCCCCUUAUUUGUAACCAUGGGAGAAGGAUUCCAUCGCCAAGAUGCCGUCCAGAGAAUGAACGAAGAGAAAGAGUGGGUUUCUUUGCCUGAUGAUGGGAUCGGGGAACAACGUCGAUUGGAUAAGUUGUGGGAUAAGUUCUGGAGCGAAUGCGAUGACUGAUGGAGCCUGCUGAAUCCUAACGUGGAAGCUGGUUUGAUUCCUGCUGAACAAUUUCACGCAAAUGAUCGUGCUGCGAUACUUGCAGAAAAAUUUGGCAUUUUGUACAAGGCUACGCGUUGAAUUUACUGUGGAAAAAAAGUGGUGGGGGA